CUUCGAUGAAAGCGGUCGCGGGCGCCGGGGACAAGUCGCAUGUAGGGCGCACCGGAAGUGCUGCUUUUUUAUCGACAGCCACACCCACUUGUUGCGUCGCGUUGCAGUGCGUUUAUGUUUCAGUGUGAGCCAAGUGUAGCAGCUUCGAGACGUAUUGCUCCUGCGAACUGCUUUUGAAUACGUGUUCAACAACAUGCAUGUUUUACUGGAUAUUUUUGUGUAUGUCUUAGCUCAGCUGCUGGCUAUACAUGACAGCAGGUGAGCCCAAGACUGCUGCUCAGUGGUAGAGGAAAUCACCUGCAAGAAAUGGUGUAAAUUCGGCAAAUUACUUGUAGACAAGCUGGGAGGAACGUGUUGAAGUGAUCCGGUGCCUGUGCGUUCAGUGUGCUUUGUUCGUAUGAUAGUAGUGACCUUCGUAUCUAUUGAUUUUUUAUUUCCGAGUAUUCGCUUGCAAGUUCCGUCAGAUGCGCUCGGCUUAUUAGCAACUCAGUAGUACAUGUGACCUGGCUGUGUGUAGACUGUCAGUUGUCGUUUGACGUUACGUACCUGUUUACUUGAGAGCAUAUUAUUUACGCAGCUAGUAGAUCUGAAGUCUGUGAAUAGUUACUAGCGCUGUUGUUUGCACAGAACUAGGUAAUAACCCGAAACAAGACAUAGACGAAGGGGAAGUCUCUUGACAAUUGAAUUAGCGCUGUAUCUCUGAAGGACAAUGGACUGUUCUUGCGGUUAAGAGUAACGGUAAAAAUAAGAUGAAAAAUUUUGCUACUCUUGAGGGGAAGUUGUAACGGUGUGCAGCUGGGUGACACCAUACCGUUGGAGUGAUGCCUUUUCCGAGUACACUUUACAAAAUAGUGUUCUCUCAUAAUGGAACUGCGGCUAACUGAGGAUUGCGGAUGACAUCUUUAAUGACAAUGGCACACGAUGACCAGACGAGAGACCCGGAAGAGCGAGGGAACGCGUUUUCGAAGGCCGACGCGUUCUCGCUGUCCUCGUUCGGCUCCAACAGCAGUGAGGAGGGCAGCCUGGUGACGGAUGGGGAAGACGAGGAGGGCAAGGGCGGACACGUCAACCUGGUGAUGAGCGAGCUGCUCAACCAGCCGCCGCCCUCCAGCGUCAACAUCACCAACUCGUCGGACGUCCGCAUCGGUCCGAGCCUCAACUACAAUGGCCCCGUCACCAUUAACCAGUUCCUCAACUUGCAGCAGCAGGGUGCGCUUGGAGCCGGAGACACUCCUCUGCCGCUGGAUGGAACAGGGAAAGGCGUUCUGACUGGCGUUGCAUCCUCGGGAAUCGGCGGCAGCGCAGAACUGAGCAAGCGCUCUGGCGGCGAUGGCGCUGGCGCCAGAGGUGCGCUCUGGUGGCGGCGUCCCAAAGUGCUUGCGGCAGCAGGAGUGUUCGUAGUGUUCGUGGCCGGCGCCGCGACAGCCGUGGCGCUGCUGUGGCCCUCCUCGAGAGUUGGGUCGGGCACCUCCACUCCCAUCACCUCCAGUCGCAAUACUAUGGCGUCCCAGAGGAACUACGUCAUUCCCACAGUGCCUCCGCCGAACCCUGAACUGGUGCUGAAGAACGGACAGCGUAUCGUUCCCAGGUCCGUGUGGAGCAGUGGCGUGCCGCCCAAUUUCAGGAUCCCUCUGCACCAUCCGAUACCGUAUGUGGUCGUCGGACACACGGCGGGCACGGCCUGCAGAGGCGAAGAGGAGUGUUUCGUCCUCCUGCGCGCAUACCGCGACGAGCACUACGCCAAGUGGGGGCAGCCCGACAUCUCGUACAACUUCCUCAUAGACGUGGAGGGCAACAUCUACGAGGGCCGCGGCUGGGGCGCCACCAACAACUACGACAGGGAGUGGGUGCUGCGCUGCAACCUGGCCGUCACCUUCAUGGGCAACUUCGUGCACCACAAUGCGACGGAGGCGAUGGCGCGCUCGCUGCAGCUGCUGCUGGAGCUGGGCGUGUCUCUGGGCAAGCUGGACAGCGAGUACCGGCUGCUGGCGCACAGUCAGGUGGCCAGCACUCUCAGCCCGGGGACCAACGUUCUCAAGCUCAUCGCGUCCUGGCCGCACCGCUGCUUGAAGCUCUGCAGCGCCGGCAUGCAGUGCAUCCGAGCAAACUCGACGGAAGUGAGCACGACAGCAUUGAGCACCGUCGAAAGUGGAGAAAGCUUGCCACCGCAGAACCCGGAACUGGUGCUGAAGAACGGACAGCAUAUCAUUCCCAGGUCCCUGUGGAGCAGUGGCGUGGACCCCAUUUCCACCAUCCCUCUGCAUCACCCGACACCCUACGUGGUCAUCGGACACACAGCGGGAGUGCCCUGCGAAGGUGAAGAGGAGUGCUUCAGCAAGUUGCGCGACUAUCGCGACGAAAAUUACGUAGUGCGGGGCGAGCCCGACAUCUCGUACAACUUCCUAAUAGACGUGGAAGGCAACAUUUACGAGGGCCGCGGCUGGGAUGCCGCCAACAACUACGACAGAGAGUGGGUGUUGCGCUGCAACCUCGCAGUGACCUUCCUGGGCAACUUCUCGCACGACAACGCGACGGAGGCGAUGGCGCGCUCGCUGCAGCUGCUACUGGAGCUGGGCGUGUCCCAGGGCAAGCUGGACAGCGAGUUCCGGCUGUUGGCGCACCAUCAGGUGGCCAGCACUCUGAGUCCAGCGACCAACGUGCUGAGGCUCGUCGAGACCUGGCCGCACCGCUGCUUGGAACACUGCGGCGUCGGUGUGCAGUGCGUCCGACAAAACUCGACGGACGUCAGCACGACAGCGUCGAGCACCAACGAAAGUGGGGAAAGUUUGAAAAGGAACUAAAAAAAUGUUGUAAUUUAAUCUCAAAGAUACAAGAAGAAAAUUUGUUCGCCUGUUGUACCAGAGGAAUACUCUGUAAAACUGUUUUAUCCUUGACAUCUUGGAUAUUCUGGAAUCCAGCCGGAUGUUCGCGUCGUUCUCGCACGAUAUUUCAACAGCGUGCCUCGCUGUGUUCUUCAGGUGCUACAUGAGACUGGUCCUUGGACUAGUUGGUAUGAUGGGUAUGGAUACCCCGGUAGUCGAAGGAUCGGAUCGACUUCUGUCAUCCCUGCCUUCUGUCUGAUGAUAAUGGUAACGGACUGAUGGGAUUAAGUGUCGUGAAUCUGUGGUCAGCUUGGAUUUUUAAGGUAUGGAUUUUUCUGGGAAUGGGAUAUGGUCGGAUUUCGGCGUCUUCUUGGCUUCCUGCGCCCCAAUGUGCCGAUGACGUUGUAGCUCGGUGAACUCGCCUGACCAUGCUUUGCGGCCAUUGUCGUCGUUCCCAGCGUCUUGCGGGUUGGAAUCGGAAGGCUGUUGGCUGCUGUGAAGCAGCCUUCUUCCGAUUUUCAUCGGAAGUCGGGGCUGCAUUCGGCUUGGUGGCUGUCUCAACCUUUUGGGAGGCGGCCAAUUCGAGCAACCCUUCCAGGUCCUUGGAGAUCCUCACCGCCAGCUUCUUCUUGGGCGGCGGUGGGACUGGAUCUGGCUCCGAUUCCGUUGUGUCCAUGUUCUCUGUGGUCUCCCGCCCCGAGGGGGGGGGGGCGGGGGGGGGGGGGGGAGCAGGCGGGGUGGGCCGCAAGGCUUUCGUGGCAGAAGCCACUUGAGCUCGCAGCCGCUGGAUUUCCCUGUGCGCCGCGGCCAGUUCGUCUCGCAGGGCGGUCCUCUCUGCCGCGAAUGCAGCUUUGAGGUCCGCUAUUGCGUCUUCCGUGGCCGCACGGAGCUUGUUGUGCGGCACAGCGUCGUCAUGGCGGCGUCUAUCGGGGGGCGAAGGGGCCCCCCGGUGCUGCUGCUCUGUUCCUGCCACAGGCACUGGCCCACUGCCGGAAAGGUUUCGUCGUCUCUUCUUCCUCUUCUUGUUGCCUCCGUGACCGCAGUUAUCGGUCCUUGGGUCGAUCGAGUCCAGUAUUUAUGCCUGGCUGGAGCUGGGGUUCCAUAAUCGGUCCGCGCCGAGUCGAGUGUUCCAUCUGUGGUCCGCGCCCGCCAGUCUCGGCUUCAACGGACCCAUCCAGUCGCGGAUGUUCCCACUGCCGUCGGCGCCCGUUUUGCCCGUCCUCAACAGUUGUGGUUGUCAUCUGAGGUGUGUCAGACCCGAUCUGAUAUGUUGGGCACUCUAUCUCAUGACUGUUACUAUGAUUUCCACUUCUGUUUCGUGCUGGGCGCUCCCUAAUCGGUCCGCGCCGCGUCGUGUGUUCCGUCUGAGGUCCGCGCCCGCCAGACGCGGCCACAUUGUCCCUCUCUGGUCGCCGGUGUUCCCUCCGCCGUCCGCCUCCGGCCUGGCCGUCUUCUGAAGUCGAGUUCAUGAUCUGGGGUGUGUCAGAUCUGGUCUCUAAUGUCCGACACCUUGUCUCACGGCUGUUCUAUCGGUCUCCUCUUCUAUUUCUUGUAGAAGCCCGGAGUGUCCUGCGUUGAGUUUUCACAAGCUCAAGCGCUGGAUUCCAGGCAAUGCUGAUUUGGUAUCCCGAGUCACGAUUGAUUAGAUUUUCUGUGACCUUAAUCUCAAUGGCUUCUUUAAUGACACUGUCCCAAAAUUUUGAGGACUGUGUAACAAUCUUAGUGUCAUUGUAAUCCAUUGAAUGACCAAGUUCCAGACAGUGCUCUGCUAUGGCUGAUUUAGUUGCCUGUCUGAGUCUGGUAUGUCUCUGGUGUUCUUUACACCUGAUGUCCACAGUUCCAGUGGUCUGGCCAAUGUAUGACAUCCCACACUGGGGUGGUAUGUUGUAAAUACCUGGCUUGCGUAGCCCCACGUCAUCUUUUACAUUCCUCGGCAUAGCCCCAAUUUUGGUGGGUGGGCAAAAUAUGCUCUUGAUGUCAUAUUUCUGGAGAACCCUGCAGAUCUUGGCAGAGAUAGGUCCGGCGUAUGGCAGGUAUGCCAUCUUCUUUGCCUCUUCUGGUUCUUCUUCUGGAUCCUUUGGCCAGUUGGCAGGUUGAAGAGCCUUCUGGAUAUCUGUAGAGGAGUACCCAUUCCUUGAUAGGCAAAGGACUAAUUUCGAGAUUCUUUUAUUACUUCGAGUAUUAACUACUUUUUGUUCUGAUGUGCUGGCGUAAAGACGUACUGUAUAAUUUCAUGUCUAUGUGCGUGUUAAAUGAAGGUGUUAAAUGAU